AUGACCUCGAGCGCGGGGGGCGGCCGCGCCUCGGUGCCCGGGCCGAGGCAGAGGCGGAGCCGCCGCCGCUCGGGCCCCAGGCCGGGCAGGGAUUGCCCGGCUCCGUCAGCGCUGGGGCAUUUCCAAAGCCUUCCCUUGGAGAUCUUCCAAAUGGUGCUGAAUUAUCUGUCAGUGAAGGACAUCAGCACCCUGAGCAUGGUGUCCAAAACCAUCAGCGGCCGCCUCGUUCAUUACAUCUCCACCUCCUCCGGGAGCCGCCGGCUGCUGCUGCAGGAUUUCCACCAGGAGCUCCCGGCCAGGAGAGACGGAGCCUCCAUCCUGGAGCACUACCGAGCUCUAGGGCUGCUGCUCAAGAGGUGCACCCUGCUGCUGCCCACCAGGGACAGGCUCAAAUAUGUGCACAAGGUGCUCUCAGGGGUUUCCUGUUUCAAGCUGAAUGGUUGUGCCAGUCCCCUGCACUGCCUGGGACUGCAGUGCUAUGGGGUUUUCUUACAGAUGCUGACCGCGGGCUGGGAUGAGCUCGAGUGCCACCGGGUGUUCAACUUCCUCUGGGAGCUCAGCAAUUUAGCCCGGAAGGUGCAGACGGUGGUCAGCAGCAAACCAGGCAGUGCCCGGCGGCUGGAGCUGCGGAUCCGCCUGUUCUGCCGGGGGGUGCUGCUGUCGCCCGGGAGCCGCCGCAGCGACUCCGCCUUUUGGCUCACCCGCAUCCUCAAGCCCUGGCCCAUGGUGAACCAGGCCCGCCUGCUCUACAUCAUCUUCGGGCCCGUGUCCUCCCGCGAUGGACACGUGGUCUGGCAGAAAAUGAUAGAAGGACCAACAGAUGAGAGCAGCCUGAAGGGUUUAGCUGAUGCAAUUAAGCUGCUCUAUGGUACAGAAGCUAGAGAAUGGACAGCAGAUGAUGUUAUCAGUCUUGUGGAUGAGCUGUCAGUGGUUCCCCAGGAGUGGCUGAUGGAGAACAACGCUCGCCUGCUGCUCCUCAGUGGGAACAGCAUCUGCUUCACCUUCAUGGCCAGCAAAGCUGUGAAUGGCAGAGCUGUGGAGCUGGCCAGGCUCAUGGUCUUCAUGGUUCUGGUGUGUGAGAAGGACCUGUACUGCAUGGACUGGGCAGUGAGGAUGAUGCAGAAGGUCUGCAAGGUUUUCAGCACUCCCUGGGAGAGGAACAACUUCCUGCAGUGCCUGGAGAACUUCUUUGCCCGCAUGCUCAUGGACAUGCUGCAGGCAGUGCUGGCUGGGGAGAGGGAUGAGGAGGACAGCAGCUUCCUGAACCUGUUCCACCUGAUGAAUGCCCAGGCCAACUUCCACAAGGAAAUCCUCUACCUGGCCAUGGGCAGCACCAGCAGCACCUCCUGA